AUGAAAAAUUUGAGACAGCAACAUCGUAACAGAAACCAUUCUCAAAGACCACUUAGCAGUGCUCAUUUAUCAAGACCAGGUUCUGUUCUUAGCCAAAAUAACAUUGCUGAGAGUACAAUAGCAAAUCUCAAACAUAAUGCUUAUUAAUCAAACUUUGAACCUAAGAAACUGACUUUGAUUUAGAGAUCGUUUGGAACUUAUAAGCCUUCUCAUGUCACAAAUUUCCCUGUAAGGAUUCUACCGUAUCGUGAAGCUGGGACUGGCUAGGAUGUGAGAGAUGUCUAUAUCAACUUCAUUAAGAAAGACCCAAUUAGGAAUAUUGAUAUGUACAGAGAUAACGAGUAAAGAAGAACUGAAAGAUGCACAAAAAAGAGGAAUACUCUCAGUUCAAAUCAAUCAUAAAUAAAUGUCACCUAAUAAGAGGCUCCUACUCCAAAAGAAAUUACUAUGCCAAAACUAAGGAGGCCUGCAUCAUAAUAACACUCAAGGACUAAACUUGGAACAGACAUAAUUGGGCACUACCCGCCAGAGCCACAAGCUGUUGAAAUAGUUAUUGAUAAAGACUAAUUGAAAACUGGCUAAAUUGAUGAGUAAUUCAGAGGGAGUUUUUUAAAUAAAACAUCCUAUAACUUCUUUUCUUAAUCAGACAAAGGUUGGACUGAGAUUCUUUACAAUGAUGAGAACAAUAAAAGUGUAAUUAAUCGAAGCAGUGUAACUCACAACUUAAUUAACCAUUAAGACAAUAUUCAUAGUGGCAAAUUGCCUAAUAACAGUCGACUAGUUACCAAACUUCUGAAUAAAAGAAAGAGCAUUUGUAAUUUUUCUAAUGAAUUACAGCUCUACGCUAUGCACUCUAACAAAGAAUAUCUAUCUGCAUACUAAAAUGAUCCUGAGCUAUUCAAAAAAUUUAAUGGACAUUGCGCACAGACCUAUGAUUCAGCGCACAGAAUUGGUGUUAGAUAACCUUUCAUAGUAUGA